GACAGUCCGCCGCCGAGUAGGCUAUAUAAUGACAAGCACACCCGUUUUAGACUCCUUUGUGACGAAGAUGAGUUACGGAUCGGAUCACUACAUGUCCUCUUCCUAUAGAAAGAUGUUCGGGGAAACCCCUCGUUUUACCGGUUCCACCUCUAGAAUGAGCUCCUUGUCUUCCAGCGGCUUCAGGUCUCACUCUUUAUCCCGCAGCAGCGCCUCUCCCGCGGGCUACAGGAGAUCGGGCCGGUCAUCUUCAUUCUCACCGGUCCAUUUCGACAGCGUCGAUUUCUCUCAAACAUCCGUGUUAAACAACGAGUUUAAAAUCGUCCGAACCAAUGAAAAAGAACAACUUCAGGGUCUCAAUGACCGUUUCGCGAUGUUUAUCGAGAAAGUGCGCAAUCUGGAGCAGCACAAUAAAGUGCUGGAGACCGAGCUCGUGAGUCUGCGCCAGAGGCAGAACGAGCCGUCCAGACUCGCGGACCUCUAUCAGCAGGAGAUCCGCGAUCUGCGAGCUCAGGUGGACGAGAUAAACAAUGAAAAGUCACAUAUUAUCAUUGAACGAGACUGUAUCGAGGAAGAACUGCAGAAACUUCGAGGGAAGUUUGAGGAUGAGAUGCGAGCGCGCGAGGAGGCAGAGCAGACGCUCAGAUCCUACAAGAAAGAUGUGGAUGAUGCCACCAUGGUGCGCGUGGACCUGGAGAGAAAGGUCGAGUCCCUCCUGGACGAGAUCAAUUUUCUGAGGAAGGUGCAUGAUGAAGAGGUGGUGGAGUUGACUAAUAUGAUCCAGGCAGCCCAGAUAUCUGUGGAAGUGGAGCUAUCCAAGCCUGAUCUGACCUCGGCCCUCAAAGAGAUCCGUGGGCAGUAUGAAACACUCGCGUCGAAGAACCUUCAGUCUGCCGAGGAAUGGUACAAAUCAAAGUUUACCAGUCUCAAUGAACAAGCCACUAGAACCAACGAGGCCAUGAGAGCCACCAGAGAGGAGAUCAACGACUACCGGCGACAACUACAGUCCAAAACCAUUGAAAUUGAAACCUUGCGCGGCACAAACGAAUCUCUUGAGCGGCAGAUCCGCGAGAUAGAAGAUGCGCACAAUGCCGAGGUCGCAGGUUAUCAGGAAACAAUUGGGCAGCUGGACAUUGACCUUAGAAAUACUAAGAGUGAAAUGGCCCGUCACCUCAGAGAGUAUCAGGACCUUCUGAAUGUCAAGAUGGCUUUAGACAUUGAAAUUGCCGCGUACAGAAAGUUACUGGAGGGUGAAGAAACCCACUUCAGUUCUGGAGUGACUUUCUCAAGCACACCCAGCAUCACUUAUGGGUAUCAGAGCCGCUCUGCUUUCACCUCAACCCGCAAUCCCAAAAAAGAGAAAGAGGAGGAGGUACAUGGCAAAUCCAAGGCAACAGCCAAGCGGGAGGAAAACACAGAGGAAUCCGCUGUGAUUAAGAAGGCUGAAAAGAGUGAGGUUGUUGAUGUUAACUCUAACUAGAAUAUUAUGGUUGUUAAAUCUAGCUUUCAUAGCAAUUUUCCCAGCAGUAUUUUGAGUGUUUGGCACAGCAAUCACUGCUAUUAGCUGAAAACUGCCACUUGUUGUUUAUGGUAAUUGGUAACACACUUUAAGAAAUUGUUAUGUUGAUAUGUUGUUUCAAAAACCAUCUCUACAGAACAUAGGCCUAAAAUAUUUACUGUGUGUUGCUUAACUGUAGUUUCAGAGAGUAUUUUUGUCCUUUUGAUGAUGUUAGGACUAUAAAAAUGAGCCUCAGUAUGGAAGGAUGGCCAAGAUAUAGCCAGCAUUAACACUGAUCAAACGAUUAUGGACAAAUGCACAAUUAUUUAUGAUUGUUGGAAUUAUAUCUUGUUGAAAAGCAGGCAUAUUACAAAUAAGGGAUCAAACCACUUAAUUAACUGUAACAAAUGCCUUAACCACAAUAAAGUCAGUAGUUAUAAUGUU